CGCGCGCACCGAGAAGCAAGAGGGUGUUCAGCCCGAACCAGAACCAGAACCUGUUUAUUACACAGGAGGAAGAAGACGGAUCUCACGCGCACCGUCACGCACGGAUAAAAAAAUCAUCAGUACAAGAAGCGGAAGGCGGAGACUCUUCCUCCCUCCAUCUCUGGAACCGAACCGGAGGACCUACUGGAUCUCGGUGUUGGACGGGCCCCCUCCCUCACGGACCAGGACCGGUUCUAGCAGCCAGCUCGGCGCGGAGACACCAUGAAGGACCGAACGGCGGAACUGCGAAGCGCUAAAGACAGCGAUGAUGAUGAGGAGGUGGUGCAAGUCGACAGGGACCACUUUAUGGACGAGUUCUUCGAACAGGUGGAGGAGAUCAGAGGCUGUAUAGAGAAGCUGUCGGAGGAUGUGGAGCAGGUCAAGAAACAGCACAGUGCCAUCCUGGCUGCCCCGAACCCUGACGAAAAAACCAAACAGGAGCUGGAGGACCUCACAGCUGACAUCAAGAAGACGGCCAAUAAAGUUCGUUCAAAAUUAAAAGCAAUCGAGCAGAGCAUCGAACAGGAAGAGGGUCUCAACAGAUCAUCAGCGGACCUCAGGAUCCGAAAGACACAGCACUCGACGCUGUCGCGUAAGUUUGUGGAGGUGAUGACUGAGUACAACACCACGCAGUCCAAGUACCGUGACCGCUGCAAAGACCGCAUCCAGAGACAGCUGGAAAUCACUGGAAGAACCACCACCAACGAGGAGCUGGAGGACAUGUUGGAGAGCGGCAAACUGGCCAUCUUCACCGAUGAUAUCAAAAUGGACUCUCAGAUGACCAAGCAGGCCCUGAACGAGAUCGAGACCCGACACACCGAGAUCAUCAAGCUGGAAAACAGCAUCCGGGAGCUCCACGACAUGUUUGUCGACAUGGCCAUGCUGGUGGAGAGCCAGGGAGAGAUGAUUGACAGAAUCGAGUAUAACGUCGAGCACUCUGUGGACUACGUGGAGCGAGCCGUCUCCGACACCAAGAAGGCCGUAAAAUACCAGAGCCAGGCUCGCAAGAAGAAGAUCAUGAUCAUCAUCUGCUGCGUCAUCCUCGGCGUCGUCCUCGCAUCGACCAUCGGCGGCACGCUGGGCUUCUAGGAUGUCCCACCGUCUGCUGCCAUGACGACCGACGCCGACCAACCGACAGCCAGCAGAGAAGAAACAGCAACGACAACACAAAAACUUGAAACAAUCAACUAGGAAGAAAUAAGAAUCUAAUCACAGAUAAGAGGGAACACCACGGGUUUGGGCGGGGUACAAAAAAAAACUAAGAACACAACAUCACAUAUAGCUGACUUAUCCAAACAACGUAAACAAAAAGAGGAGACAAAUAUUUAUUACAGAUGUAAAUGUAUUAAACGUAAGAAGCAACAGAGGGGUUAGCUACUUGUAAAAACAUAGCCUAGGACAUUUACUUGUUUGUUUCUUCAGCUUUUUUCUUACUUUCUAUUGUUUGUUUGUUUAUUGUGAGUCCCCGAGGACAGUGACGGCUGCUGGGUGGGAGUUCUGUUCUUCCUCUUCUCACGCCGAUGUCUGGAAACAAACACUUAACGUAGAGAUCCAGAAGAAAACCUUCCAGAAAAGAGAACAGUCUGAGGGCCGGUUCUGAAGCGUCUGAAACGUCUCGCUGUUGGUUUAGGUCGCCCCUCAUUGGCUGCUCGCUCUCGUCAUUCACCUCCGUCAACCUGUUGAGCUCAGAGCCCGUCACGCUGAAAUGUUUUUGCUGACGUCCUGUCGGCGAGGCGGCAUCAGCCUCCCUGUCCUGUUGGACCUGUCCAACCAAAGGUCAGGGGGCAGGAGGACCUCUGAUCUUCCUGAAAACAUUUCAACUGGCCAGGUGACGAUGGACUGACAGGUAAAUGGUGGAGGAGAAAGGGGGGAGGAGGCUUUAAAGGAGGGUGGGAGGAGAUGGACAGUUAAUCUAUGCAGUAAAAAGGAAGUCCCGCCUACUCAUACCGAGACAGCCAAUGAGAAUGGGGGAUUCAUGCUGAAGCACCAAGAGCCUCGACAAAACUAACGAGAAGACCUGAAAGAACGAGCCGAAAUCUAACGAACGAGUUCUCCGCGCG